CGGCCCGGUUAGUUGACCGCUGUAUUCGCCCGCGAUCCGUGAUGUGAACAAUGCACAAUAAAAUAGUGUUCACAUUUCUAGUGCUCCAGUGUACGCUCUGCCUAACCAUCCGAGUGCCCGUGGACUGGAAUGAUGACAGUGAAGUGAAAGAUGGUCAGUUUGUGGUAACUAAAGACAAAAUACAAACGCCACAACCGCCGAUAUAUAAUGAAUACUUUCAAUACACUGCGAAUAAACCACAAUUCGCGAUUGAUAUAGCUGCCGCACAUGGCGUGCAUUCGCCGGAAAAACAUUUCGAAUCGUAUCCUAUUAGACCUCACACAGGUUUGACGAAACCUGUAUUGGGACAGCAUCAAAUUUUAAAUUCCGAUAGGCAUACAUAUGAAUCGUACCAACCGUUCCUUCAAAAUGCUGGUUACUCGAAUUAUGUAACCCCAGUGUCUACAUCAUUUGAAGUAUACCAUCCAUAUAAAGAUGAACAGCAUGCUCUGAAAGAAAUAUAUAAAGAUCCCGUUUUGGAUAAAAUAAGAAAUGACUUACGUAAUAGCAAAAACAGAUUGCAAAAACAUGAAAAUGAAGCAGGAGAAACAGAUAUAAAUGAAGAUGAAUACUUAGAGACCCCUAAAAAAACUGAUCGUAAUAAAAUUCCGGAAAAAAAUAUACCAACCCAGUUUGAAAUACAUAGACCCCAGCGUCGACCCAUAUAUUAUCGGAUGCCGUUUAGGCAUAAUUAUAGGGAGCAAAUAUUGAAUGAUAAAUUGAGACAUCCUUGGAAUCAGAAUAUUGCUAAAGUAACGCCAAACCAUUAUCGACCUGUUAAAAAUCAUUUAUAUAGACUGAGACAGCAACAUGCUCUGAAAUAUGAUGAUGAACAUAAUGAAUAUCCUCAAUUGCCCGUUCCAGAAGGUUAUAAUGAACGUCCAGAUGGUUACGAUAUAUAUGAAAAAAAUAAAGGGAAAUAUAUACAGCUCAGAAAUAAUUUUGAUGAGUCUAUUAAUAAGGUUGUUCAGCAAAAUAGACCAAAUACUAACAAUAAGAUAGAGCUACAAAGUGGAUAUGCAAAUGAUGAUUCAAAUAAUAGUCAAGGUGAAGAACUAUUCGUGCCUAUUAAAAACUACGCACAGGUAAGAAAAACUGAAACUAUCAAACAUCUUCCAAGAAAAGCUGCGCUUCAAGACGCUGAAAAUAUUGAAGAAAUCCAAAAUGCACCACGCCUUAGAGAAGCUAUUAAAAGCACAAAGGCACAAAUUGUUUACUCAGAAGAGGGUUAUGAAGACGCUGCAUAUGACCAUGCUGGUGAACAAAAACAUGCAUCUGAUCAUGAAAGACAUGGUGGUUAUCUCAAAGAAAAUGAAAUAAGUGGCGGUAAAUAUAAAACACCGUCUGUUAGUGCCAAUUACGAGGACAACAGAGGCUUAGUGUAUAGGGACCAACAAUUACAUGGAAAGAAAUGGAAAGAUAGUAAACAAGAAAAUGAAGACGAAAAAGAAUCGAAUGACUACUCCGAAGAUGACGAUGAAGAUGAUCUUAGUAGUGUUAUUAUAGACAACUUAAAUAUUGAUAACGACAGUGAUCGAAAUAAACGAAACAGUGACAACCUUGAAAUGGAAAGUUCUGCUGAACUUCUUUUGAAAAAUGAAAAAAAAGAAAUCUCUGAUAACUCAUCUGCAAAUAAUUCGCAACAUGAGGUGAUCAAACGUGAAACAUCUUUUAAAAUUCCAGAAUUUGAUUUCAAUUCAACACUGCCCUCAGACGAUGAAAUUCUGAAGCUUUCUAAAACCAACGUAACCCUUCAGAAAAUACAAACAGAAGACAUAACUAAAAAUAAUAAAAAAAUAAAAUAUCCCUAUUAUUUAAAAAAUAUUAAAAUCUUAAAUAAAAAUUCACCGCUUCGUUAUGCUGAAAAUAUAGAUUUCAUUCCUAAAAAAUCAAAGGGUGGAACUGAGUUCUACGACUCACGUUCAAAACAUGAAUGUUCUGAAGUUGAAGAUAAUGUGGACGUUAUACCUGAAAAACUAAAUAAAGAUGGGAACCCGGAUGAUAAUGAAGAGUCUGAUGGCAAAACAAACGAAAAAAAAAUCGAUAAUAAUCUGAAGGACAAACAGCGACUCAAAGGUCUUGGUGAUAAAAUUGAUUGUUUCAAGGUUAAGUACUUUGGUGAAAACCCAUUAGAUAGCCCAUUUUUUAAUGAAGAAAUAAUUGACAGCCCAGAACCUAUAACAAAACCAAACUUGAAAGUGUUUGAAACAAAAAAACUUGACGAUAAAUCAAAUAAUAAAUUAUUGUAUUAUGAUUCUGAUAUAUUUAGCGUCCUAGAAAAGGUACAAAAUAAAAGUAACAAAUUAACAAACCCAUUAAAAAAUGAUUUAUCGAUUAUUAAGAACAGAACAUUAAAAAACAAUACUUUACUGUCACAGUCAAAUCCUCUUCCGGAGGUUUUGAAUAUAACUAAUAACGGUUUACAAAAAAAUACUAAAUUAUUGGAAAACAUACAGAAUUCUAAUUUAUUAAGUAGACCAUUAGAUUUAGCAAAUGUAACUUAUAAACAUUUUCAAAAUAAAGAGGAUGUUACAAAACCUCCUCUAUCUAUUAGAAAAAAGAGAGCCACGCCUUUUUUGUAUGAGCCUUACAAAAUUAUAAGAGACAGUCAAGUACAAGAUUCGAAAAAAACAACAACUUCAAGUAAUAUAAGUCCUUUGAUUAAACAAUUACAAUCAAGCAGAGUCAUCGACAAAGUUACAACAAAUAUAGAUAAAGAUCAAGGUAAAAAGAAUUCAAAAGCUUAUAAAGAUAUCGGGAAAGUCGAUAGACAAAAAUCCCCUAAUGAACAAAUCAUUGAUACUAAAAAUUCAAGUUUCGUAGAUAUAAGCUCAGAUAAACGUCGUGGCGAGCCCCGUUAUGAAAUGAGACUAACAAAUCAUAAAACUACUUACUCACCAGUGGAAAAUAAAAGAGCGAUAUCAGUCGAAGAUUAUAAAACACAAAUUAUUAAUGAUGGCACAGAAACGAAUACAAAACAAGAACACUCUACAGUUCAAGCUCAACCAAAACGAUCUAUAUCAUCGAAAAUGACCUCCAGACCUUACUUUGAUGUAUCUAAAUAUUUACCGGAAGUUAAAGAAUCUCAAAAUAUUGCUGCAUCAAAUACAAUACGGAAAGUUAUUCGUACUACCACCCCAGAAGUAACAACAGACCAAACACAACGACAAAAAUAUAAUACUGAUGAAGAUGAAAACGAGGAAUACGAUGAGUAUGAAGAUGAUGAUGAUGAAGAUAAUGAAGAAGAAAUAAAUAUCACAACAACGACAACAACGACAACGACUACAAGAAAACCUGCAACAAGAAAAAGAACGAGAGGUACAACUACUGUUAAACCAAUUCCUAUAGAAAAAGAAACUGAACCAAUGAAAUUACGUUUGACUACUAGAUUCCGUAAUACUCCAUCCACGAUGAAAUCUAUUGCACAUCACCAUGAAGUAGACAAAGAUCCUUUUCAAAAAGUAUCCAAAACAGAAAAUGAUUCUGCUAAAUAUACAGAAAAGAAGAGAAAAUCAACAAAGAGCACAUUGGUCACAGAUACAAAAACCUACGGAGAAGAUGAUGAUGAUAUGACAAGAAAAGAAGUAGAUGCCUUAUUGCGUGUUAAACAAGAUAUGCAUGAGUAUAUGCCACGUUACGAAAAAGAAAAUAAAAAUAAAAACAUCAAAAAUGGAGAUCAUUCUGAUGACAGCGCUGAGGAGAUUUCUGAUAACAAUGAAAAUGAAGAGGAAGAAGAAGAAGAAGAAGAAGAAGAUGAAGAUGAAGAUGAUGAUGAAAAUGACGACGACGAUGACCAUGAAUUUGAUAAAGAAGAAGAUGACAACGAUCAUGAUGAUAAUGAUGAUUCCAAUCAUCAAAAUAAAAAAAGUAAUUUAGAAUUUACAACUUCAGAACCUACUAAAAGGACUCUAAUUAGAACAACAGUAGCUCCUGCCACGACAACUGAAUCAAGAAGUGCAAGAAUAGAAUUAAAACCUACUGUAUUAAAAAAAAAAUUUGAAAUGCAUGAAGAAUUGCCAGUCAAUAAGUCAUCUCCACAUAUUACUCAAUUUAAGCAGGAUAUCAAAGAAAUUGAAAUUAUUAAAGAAAUUAAACCAAAACUUAAAAAAAAUAAUCAUAAAAAUUUGGAAGCUUUAGAUUUGUUUCGAGAUGAAAACUUAGCUGAAGAGAUUAAUAAAUUGGGAGAUGUAGAAGUUUUUAAGGAAAAUUUAAAUCUGAAAUCAGGACCAAAACAUGGCGGAAACUAUAGAAGUCUUACAUCAGAAGAUAUACAAAAAGAAAUAGUUGCAAGUAAAGUACGUGAUAAUGCAAAUAUGGACGACGUUGAGACUUCUCCGACACAACCUAGAACACGCAUAAAAUUAGAUGAAGAACGCCCUUCUAGACGUAAUAAAAAUUUUGCCACAAGAAGUCAAUCAUCUUCUAACGAUAAUGCUAAAAAUACAAAAUUUACUGAUAUGGAUGUUAUUGACGCACGUUUAAAUAACAUGAAUACUGGUAAUUUAAAACCAAAAAGUACAACACAUAAUAAUAAAAGUGCAAAAUUAAUUGAGCUUGAUGUCGAUGACGAAGAUGAUACAUCAAGAAUGCAUGGAGGUAACUACAAAUCUUAUGAAAACAGAAACACUGGUCGUCAGAUGCAUGGAGGCAACUAUAAAAGUGCAAAAAUUAUUCAACCCGAAGACAGCAAUAAAUCUCGAUCUAGAAGUAAAAUCAGAGACGCCAGAACUAAUGCAGCAGCUUUAUUAAAUGACUAUGUGCGUGCCGUACCUAUACUCACUACAACCCCCGCUUUUAUUUUAGAUCCUAGUAAGCGUAUGUACUAUUACGUAGAUUCUUAAAACUCCUUGGGUGUUCUUUAAAUGUACUUAUUUAAAGCUUAUAAAUAUAACAUUUAAAAGUAGAAAGUGCCACAAAAUUUACUUCGAAUCACUUUCGUGACAAAAAUUGUGAAAGUAUUUUAUAUUACUUUUAAAGGUGUUAGAUGUGACAACGUUAAAUAAGUAAUAACAUGUGUAUUAUAAAAGUAUUAAUUUUAAGAUUCUGUGAUAAAUAUAUUGUUAGACUUUUUUACUUAAAAUUUAUAUUUAUACUGUUGAAUUUAUGAAUAAAGACCAUUGACUUG